CUGAGUGUGUUACACCUUGUGAAAAUUUUCACUGCUUGUGCCGGACACGCGGAUACUUGCGGAUACUGAGUGCUCAGAACUAAAUUGAAUAAGUACUUGCGUAUCUGAUAUCCGGGGUUCACCUGCAGUUACAUCUAGUCACCUCUCUUCCUCCCACAUCGACUUCUUCAAAAUAUGUCUGACGUUCAAGUAGAACUCUCCGUUCGUCGUCGCCGCCAUUCUGGUUCCACCACAGCGCCAGCACCAGUCCGUGCCAGUCUACUCAAAGCGCAGCAAGAUGAUGAAGCUAUGAUUGCCCCCCCACCACGACCAAAAUCCACUCCCGUUGACGAACGACCCCAACGACAACGCAGGUCCGAUUCAGCCGAGUCUGAUUCGGAAGGCUCCGAUAAGGAGACAACCACUAUGCAAGUUGAUAACGAUUCAACUAGCCAACAAACUCAGCAAUCUUCUUCAUCUCCAUCACACUCUGCUCAAAAACGGGGAGUUAUCACGCUCAAGCCAGGAAAUUCUAGCCCAGAGCGUCCUACUCGUCCUCUACCUGCCAAAUCUCGGAAAAUGGCCGGAAAUCCAUCCAACAAUCCCAUGCCGCAACCUGCGAACCCGUCUAUGCUACCAGUUCAGGCUCACGUACCCCGUGGUGGUAUCGCAUCGAGCCAGAGGAGGCUGUUUGUCAUCCUAGAGCAAGCUUGCUUGGAGGCAUACAGAGUGUCAAGUGGAGGCAAAGGCAAAGGCGGCAGGGAGGGCGAUGUCAAAUACACUCUUCUUAACUGCGACGAUCAUCAGGGCAUCCUCGCAAAAACCGGAAGAGAUAUUGCGGAUGCUCGUCCGGACAUUACACAUCAGUGCCUGUUGACGCUUUUGGAUUCGCCUCUUAACAAGGCAGGUCUGCUGCAGGUGUACAUCCACACCACAAAAGGAGUUCUCAUUGAGGUCAACCCUCAUGUGAGAAUUCCUCGUACCUUUAAGCGAUUCAGUGGAUUGAUGGUUCAACUGCUUCAUAAAUUAUCUAUUCGCGGUGUCAACGGCCCAGAGAAGCUACUCAAGGUUAUUAAGAACCCUGUGACCGACCACCUUCCUGCUAAUACCAUGAAACUCACCCUUUCUGGUGAUGCUCCCACUGUCAGACUCUCCCGUUAUCUUCCGACUCUUCCGGAUACGCACUCGGUUGCUGUCUUUGUGGGCGCUAUGGCUCGAGGCCGCGACGACUUCGCCGAUCAUGUUGUAGACGAAAAGAUCAGUAUCAGUGACUAUCCUCUUUCCGCAUCCGUCGCUUGUGGCAAGUUAUGUUGUGCUCUGGAGGAGCUCUGGGACAUCGUUUGAUAUCCUCUCCAAAAUCUCUUGGUAUCAAAAAUUGAAAAACUAUCGAUAUGUUGUAUCAUAUUGGCUGUCAGGUUGGUUGUACCUUAGAAAACAUUCCGGUCUUUUUUAUUUUUGUUUGCAUACUACUUUCUACCGCAUUCCUCACACACACAGUAGCAUUUCAACCUGCGUCGCUCCGUAAAUUUAUUCGCUGAGCCGCAUCGUGUACUACUAGUAGAUGGAUUACCCCCAAGCCCCCUCGCAUUAGGAGCACGACUCAACUCGUGUUUCUGGGCUCUGGAAAUAAUGAUGCGAUUGCUGCUUGAUUUAUGGUCUUUGUCUUGUUUUUGUU